AUGUCAUCGACCCCGAUGGACAAGGCUGUAUCGGCCCAUGCUGCACCAGAAAACACAGAACCUCGCCCAGCUGUGACUCACGAGAGUGUCGGUCUUGGUGCCCCAAUAGCGGAACCACUGGAAAGUGCUCCGGCAACCUCCGGCAAAGAAAAAAGCAUGGCCCAGCUCAAAGGGGGCAAGAUUGUCCUCAACGAGAAAAAGCUUCCGCUAUCCCGCCACCAAUCUGUUAUCGCUGGGCUGGCGUCGUUUCACACCUGGAUGGAGGACAAGUCCGAAGUCCUUGCCGAGUUUCCAGAAAAAUACGAAGGGCUGCUCGCGAUGCUUGUGCAGGACAGCGACAUGACGAUCGACAAGUUGGUUGUGUCUGUGAAGGACCACCUCUCUCCUCCCGAUUUUGGCGACAGCUCAGACAAAGAAAGUCUGAUCACCAAGGAGGUGGUUUCGCAGGUGAUCUGCAAAAUCGCCAGCCGUGUAAACUACGGCUAUCCCGAGCCGAGCGCGCCGCAGGCCCUUCAAGUCUGGAGGUGGGAAGUCCUGAACCGUAACCACUUCAGCAACGAGCUGCGAGGCAUCAUUGAGGAGCGAACACGCGCACGACAAAAGGCUCAGGCAGAAAUUACGGCUAUAAUCGACGCCCUCCCUUCCGAGGACAAGGGCAGGCUCAUGGCUGUGAAGCGACGGGGCCGGCCGAGCGCUGCUGUCGAUGUCGCUCCGGCGCCGGUGGAAGUGGUCUCCAGCGACGUUGUUAUGGUGGAUGCCACUGAAGAUGUGCCAGAUGACGCACCGUCGACAAAGAGUGCUGCUGCUCUCCCUGAGGCCAGCAGCAACAAGGGCAAGGCCAAAGUCAUCGUUUCAGAGAAGCACAAGCCGCUUGAGAGAAAGCCCAAGAAAGAGGAUGAAAAGAAGCGGAUCACCCCGACGCAGUACACGCCAAUCUCCAAAUUCUUUCACACCAUCAGACCCGUCGAAGGAGACAAGACCGAUGAGGGUACCGGGCAGAAUGUGCUCAAGACCGAGUACAACGCCUCCUUCCAGCCCUUCACCGUGCGCAACAAUGUUACCCUGGCCCCAACCAACCGCUUCAUUGCUCGCUCGGGUGCUCAGAAUGCGCCCCUGCUUUGUGAAUCGCCUAUUGACGGUCCCAAGGCCUCCUCUCAAGAUGUCCAAAGCCAGUUCCUAUCGUGGUGCAAGAAACCGCGACAGUAUAUUGGAAAGCCCCUGCGAAAACUCGGCAGUGACGAAGUCGGAUACAUUUACAGACGCCUCAAGUUCCUUAAAUUUGGCGAAAACAUCCGCCCGGCGUACUUUGGUACAUGGUCGAAGCGAUCCAGGGUUAUCUCUCCGAGAGCGCCUUAUACUCGCGAUGUGACCGUCCUUGACUAUGACGUGGAUAGCGAGGAGGAUUGGGAAGAAGACGAGCCUGGAGAGGCACUGGAUUCGCUGUCAGAGGACGAUGAGGAUAUGGAUGAAGCCGAGGAUAUCGACGAAGAAGAGGACGGCUGGCUCGUUCCUCACGGGUAUCUCUCGGAGGACGAAGGCGAGCACGACGAAAACCUUGGCGAAAAAGCCAAAACGAAGGAUAUGUUCCCAAAACGGCGCCGCCUGGAGCCUCUUGUGCCAGUCAUUGUCGGCCCAGUUUGGGAGAGUACCAUCGGCAGUCUGUCUUCACAGGCGCUCCUUGCCGAUAUGGCUGCCCAUGUUUUUGGAGACCUGCAUAUUUCACUCGAUCCUUUCGAGGCCCGUGUUCCCAUCGGCACAGGCGAUGAUAAGGAGCGAUUGAAUGCCAACGGCGGAUUACAGACGGUCCGGUCGCCCUCGAGGCGGACCAAGAGCACGGUCUUUCCCUCGGAACUUCUCGCAGAACUCAUCAAGUCCGUGGUAGGCAGUGACAAGAGUAAAAUCCAGCUGGCCGAGGAAUUCAAGGAAAAGCUUCGGGUCAACAAAGGACUCACGGUUGCCAAGAUAUCCGAGAUUGCGGUCCGGGAGCGCCGGCAGACAGACAAGGCACCGCACAACCAGGACUCUUAA